AUGGGGUCCGAUGUUAUUCAGCCCUAUUACACCCUCUCCAGUUCAUCUUUAGAGGCAGUCGACGCAGUCGAAAUUGGAUUCUACAACACUAAAGUAGUAAACCUCACGCUUCCUAGUCUCACAUCCGUGAGGACCUCCAUUGAUAUAGGGAGACGUGCCUACGAUCUCACCUACCUUGAUAUCUCGAGUCUGAAUUUCGCGCACACCAUUACGCUUAGCCCCCCGAAUCUCACGUCUCUCCGCCAUACAAGGUUACGCAAUGUGACAAUGAUGAAUAUUGACGCAAUGCAAAUCGACUCGCUCGAUAGUUUGACUGAUAAUCAGCUCAAUAUGAGGGAGGUUUUGAUUCAAGGUCCAUUCCCGAAUGUCAACGAAAUUGCUAUUGGAUUCACUUCUGCCGGAUACCUCCACAUCAACGACAAUUCAUCUCUCACACUAGGAGGCUCCUCGAAAACGGAAAUGGCCAUCGAAAAACUGAACGUCCAUGGUAUUACGGAUCUCAAGCGAAGCGCACAGCUCAAGACACUCAAGGUUGAUACUCUGGAGCUAUCAAGCUCCAUUUCAAUCACCCAUCUUGAAAUUCCGUUCGAUAAUCUCCGUUCUCUUAGUAUCCAGCAGCAAUGGGAGACCCAUCCUCUGAAGUCUAUUACUCUUCCCCCCAAAGCCGUGUAUUGGACAGGAGGCUUUGAACUCUACGCGCUCGCUGCACCCGAUCUGAAUUUGACCUCGGUUUACGGUGCGAACCAGAAAGGCAAUGGCAUUCAGACUUGGUACUGGCCAAAGAAUGUCUCGAGUAUAAGUAUUUCCGACGUUACUGUAGGAAAUGCAUUCUUGUAUGUGUCACUCCCUCGCAGCCUUAGAGUGGUCAUGAAAACUUACCCAAAAAACAGCGAUCCCUUUAUCACCCAGCAGAAGGGCUCUUUGGACGGUCAAUUUCCUCCUUCCGUCUUGAAUGAAUUCGGAGUCAGUCCAUCAGCCAACUCUAGUUUCAACUGCACGCCAUUCGUUGAGCUCCAGAGCAUGGGUCGUUUGCCGGGCGCUCAAUUCAUGUGCGACGAUUCCAAGCCGACCAGCAGCGGCGCUAUUCCUGUCCAUCUACCCAUUCCGCUCAGCCAUGUGAGUGCCGUGUUUGGGAUCUGCAUCUGGAUCCUAUGA